GGAAGAUGGCGUCCUCAAUGUCACCGGUGCUCAAGCAGGUGCUGCGGGCGAGGCAGGCGGCGGUGGCCGUGCUCACCCCGACCAGGUCAUUGAACACUUCCACAUGGAGGCUGGCACAGAACCAAACCCAGGACACGCAACUCAUCACCGUGAAUGAAAAAUUGGAUAUUAGCACAGUAACUGGUGUUCCAGAGGAGCAACUCAAAAUUAGAAAAGUCCGCAUUUACGUUCCCGCCAGGAAUGCCAUGCAGUCCGGAGUUCAGAACACUAAGAAAUGGAGACUGGAUUUUGAUACUCGGGAGCGAUGGGAAAAUCCCCUAAUGGGCUGGGCAUCAACUGCCGAUCCUUUAUCUAAUAUGGUUCUGGCCUUCACUUCUAAGGAAGAUGCAGUUGCCUUUGCUGAAAAAAAUGGAUGGAGUUAUGAGCUUGAUGAGAGGAGGAUUCCAAAACUAAAGUCCAAGUCUUAUGGAGCAAACUUUUCUUGGAACAAGCGGACGAGGGUAUCCACAAAAUGAAUUGUUAUUGGCCAUCCGUAAGUCUGACUAUGAGCUAAGUCAGCUGUCCUGUAUUUAUAGAACAAGUAUAAUACAACUCUUAAUCUCCUAAUAAAUAUGACCUUUAAACUACAAA